UGACAGCAGAUACAAUUUGUUGACAUUUGCCAAAAAUAAAUUGUGCUGCGGAGAAGAAAUUUUAUUUAUUAAUUAAUAUUUUUAAACUCUGUACAAAUGGAGUCAAUUCAGGUUAUAACGCAGGACUACGUAAAUGUUCUUAUCACAACGUCUGAUAGCGAAGAUGGCCCGCCGAUUGAAAGACGGUUCAAGAAAGAAAUUUCUGUGCUGGAGUUUAAGACAAAACUAGAGCUGGUAACCGGAGGGUCAGCAGCUACCAUGAAGCUGAAGGUGUUUGACAAGAAAAACAACUUUGUGUGUGACAUUGACAAUGACAAUGCCCUGCUUGGGUCGUACCCCAUUGAUGAUGGCACCAGGAUCCAUGUCAUUGACAACUUCACAAUGGUCAAAGAUUUUGCUGCCAAUGAUAGUGGUGAAAGGUUCCAACUAUCUGAAGAAGACUAUGAGAAGAAGGGAGACACACUGCGUUCAUUCCUGCAGCGAAACAAGCUGGGCAAGUACAAUGAGGAGGAAAUGAUUAAGCUGAAGGAGCAGCAGCAGAAAGAACUGGAAGAAGAGGCUAAUCUGGCGAGCAAGGUGCUGGUGGGUACGCGGUGUGAGGUGCGCGCGCCCCGGCAGCCGGCGCGCCGCGCUACUGUGCGCUACAACGGCCCACUGGAGGGCGCGCGUGGACUAUGGAUCGGCGUGCAGUACGACGAGCCACUCGGCAAGAACGACGGAGAGGUGAACGGCAAGAGAUACUUCACAUGCCCACCAAAUUACGGUGGCUUCGUGAAACCUGUCUACGUAACUGUCGGGGACUUCCCCGAAGAAAAAUAUGAUCUGGAGGACGAAAUAUAAGUUUCCUUACUUCACAUAUAUAACACUAUAUUGCUGAUGCUUUAAUUUGCGUACAAUUAAUCAGUCAUAUAGAUUUUAUGCUUUAUUAUUCUUAAAUUUGAGUCGAACUUUGGUAAGUGAGAAACUCGGGUAAGAGAGAUGGUUCCUCGGAAUCUUGCUUCUCCAUGUUCUAGUAUUUAUACAUAUUUGGUAUAUUUUUAGGUGCAAUAUAAUCAGUGCAUCAUUAAUUGUAUUUAAUUUGUAUGUGUGAAUGUAUGAAAACAUUUUUAACACUGGUUGAUUGAUGAAAAACAAUGAAUCUUUGAAAUUGAUAGAUGUUUUUGUAUAAUGAAAACUCAUUUUAACAUUUAUAUGCUUGCUGGCAGGCUGAAUAUGUAGGCUUUUUAUAUAUGAGCUAAAAAAGAAUGUAAAGUGGGUGCGAGAAUUGAUAUGUCGAAGAUUUGGUCAAA